GCCGCGGCCUUCCCAGAGCGUUCCCGAACGUUCUGAGAGCGUUCUGAAAUGCUCCGUAGUGGAUUCGUCGUCCUCCUGGCCCCACCUGAUCUUCACGCCAGCGGGAGCCUCCCGAACGUCGGCUGGAUGGCGGACGAGGCGCGCGAGGUCGCAUCCUCCCACAUCCCCUCCACUGCGGACGUGGCCACCAGGGCGUCAAUCGUGGCCACAGCUGCGUCCUCGCGCAUUGGAAGCGCGGCAUCCAGCUUGUCAUCUCAGAUCGGCGACGCAAUCAACGGGAGCUACGCCGCGGACGUGUACCCCAACACAAAGGUGAGGCGCAUCGUCGUCCCGCGCUCCAGGGUGAUGCACACGCCGAGGCGCAUAUACAUCUUCUACUCGGACACUGGGGGCGGGCACCGGGCCUCCGCGCUCUCCCUGGAGGCCGCGUUCACGAGGCAGUACGGCGACCAGGUGUCCGUGAAGAUGGUUGACUUCAUCCGCGACGCCACCCCGUGGCCGUGGUCGCAGCUGCCCGAAGGCUACCAGGUGGUGGGGAAGUUCCCAACGGUCUACAAGGGUUUGUACGACCUCAGGCAAGGCUGCGACAACUGGAGGGAAACGAGCAUCUUCAAGAUGGCGUGGUCCAUGUCCCGCGAGUCCAUUCUGGCGUUCCUCACGGACCUCGUGACGGAGGGCCUGGACCUCGUGAUCUCCGUCCACCCGCUCGUGAACCACAUGGUGCAGGAGGCGUUCGAGCUGAUCUUCGAGGGCCGCAGCACCAUCCCCAUGGCCACCGUCGUCACGGACCUGGGCUCAUGUCACCUCUCCUGGUUCGACCCCCGCGUGGACCUGCUGUGCGUGCCCAGCCCUCAGAUCGAGGAGCUGGCCCUCCGCCACGGUUUCCAGCGGCAGGGCAUGUACCUCUGCGGCCUGCCCGUGCGGGAGGGCUUCUGGGGCGCGGAGCCGAGGCCCAAGAGCGAGGUGAGGCGGGCGCUGGGCCUGGACGCCACGGGGGCGGCCGAAGGCAGUCUGGGGGUGGUCCUCAUGAUGGCCGGGGGUGAGGGGUUCGGCAACUUCCUCGAGGCCGCC